UUUUUUUGGAUUAAUUUUGUCACCACUGUUUCAUACCUUACGACUCAGAUGAAUGUUAUGCGCAAUUAUGAGUGUGUAUAUACCAUAACUUCUGAAUGUUAAUUUGCAAAUGAAUUUAUUUCAGGAACAACAACAAUUAUGGCUUCAACAACAGAAAUCGUGUCGAAAAAACCGUUUUAUUUGAAAAUGGAUGGCAUUAUAUACCCAGGUGUCUUUUCACAAAAAUGUUUCCGUGAAGCUAUGGAUUACAAACCUCAAGCGGAAGACGUUUUUAUCGUGACUUAUCCAAAAUGUGGGACAACAUGGAUGCAAAAUGUAGCUCUUUACAUUUUUCGUAAAGGAAAAGAGCUUGAAGAAAUGUCUCAGUUUCUGAGGCAUUGCCCUUUUAUAGAUAUGUGUGGCAAGGAGAGCAUUGACAAGAUGCCAAGACCUGGUGCAUUUAAAACUCAUCUUCCUUAUACCCAUAUGCCAUAUUCCUCUGAAGCAAAAUACAUUUUUGUUGCCCGCAAUCCCAAAGACUGCGUCGUGUCUCUUUUCCACCACACUAGAAAUCAACCUGGAUUUAUGUACUGGGAUGGUGAGUUUGAUGAUUUUUUCGAGCUUUUUAUGGCUGGUCAAGUAGAGUUUGGUGACUACUUUGAUCACUUAUUGUCUUGGUACCCACAUAGAAAUGACCCCAAUCUUUAUUACACCACUUACGAAGAUAUGAAGAAAGAUAUAAAGAAAGUAAUUGUCGAUAUGGCUAAAUUCCUUGGUGAUGAGUUCAUUGGCGCAAUUGAAAAAGACAAUUCAGUUUUGAAUAACAUCGUGAAUUUUAGCAGUUUUGAAUACAUGAAAAAGAAUUUUGGUGAAGUAUAUAAUUUAAAACCAAAGGAAGGUGAGACACUUACGGAACCAAACACUUAUGAAGGUUUGCAGCAUGUCAGGCAUUUAAUUUCUGAAAUAGAUUUGCCGAAAGAAUUACCUGAAUUAAAAUUUAUUCGGAAAGGAAUCGUUGGAGACUGGAAGAAUGCUCUGACUGAAGAGCAAGCUGAAAGGCUGGAUCGGAAGUUUAAGGAGAAAACUGAAGGGACAGAUAUUCCGAAUUGGUUUUCCACUUCAUAAGAAUGAUUACUACAUAUGUAAAUACUGUUACACAUGUUAGAAUUGUGGAAGUUAUUAGAACAUAAAUUUCAUAAGAAAAAAAAAACUUUUAAUUUAGUUUAUGUUAAAAAUGAUUAAAGAAUAUUGAACAUUA